AACUUAUUUGUCUUAGUCAGAUAGGCAAUAAAUUAGACGGCCUGAGAUGCAGGCAUUCCAGUUUGUUAUCUUUUAGAUGAUAUUAUUGUUACGUUACUACUGCAAGUUGAUCUCUCGGAUCUCUUUGUUCGUGUGCAUUCUUUGCACUGCUUUUAGACUGAACGUUGUCAUUUCUCACGCUGAAAACAAUAACAAGACAGAGAUGUUAGCUGCAUACUUUGACAGUCCAGGGGAACCUGAUGUACUCUAUGUGAAUCAAGUACUAAUUCCUGAAUUAAAAGACGAUGAAGUUCUUGUAAAGGUGCAGGCCAGUGCUAUUAACAGAGCAGAUACCUUGCAGGUGAGUAUCAUUAUUGUUGUUGUUGUUGUUGUAUAUACUAGAAAUUCUUUGUUAACAAAUGUUUGUUCUCUUUUCAUCUUUUCUAUAGGUGGAGGAAACGCUGAGUUUGUGGCGGUGCACUUUAAACAUGUGAUGCCAAUGCCUGAAAAUAUGAACUUCUUAGAAGCAGCUGCCAUUCCAGAGGUUUGGCUCACUGCCUUUCAACUGUUACAUUUUGUCGGUAAACUCCAACCUGAAGACUAUGUGCUGGUUCAUGCAGGAGCAAGUGGUGUUGGUACAGCAGCAAUCCAGUUGGUGACAUUAGCUAAAGGCAAAGCAAUUGUGACAGCAGGCUCAGAAGACAAGAUCAAGUUGGCACUUGAGUUAGGGGCCUCAGCUGGCUUUAAUUACAAAGAGACUGAUUUCUCAGAAGAAGUGAUGAAAUUCACUGAAGGUCGUGGAGUCAACUUGAUUCUUGAUUGUGUUGGAGGUGUUUACUGGGAGAUGAAUGUUAAUUGCCUUGCUAUGGAUGGACGCUGGGUUUUAUAUGGACUUCUUGGUGGACGGUCAGUGAAUGGAAAUUUAUUCCUGGAACUGUUAAAGAAGAGAAUCAGUUUGAUGGCCACAACUUUAAGGACACGUACUGAUGAGUAUAAAGGUCAACUUGUCGAAGCCUUCUCACAGCAAACUUUGUCACACUUUGAAAGAGGUCAUUUGAAGCCUGUUAUGGACAGUGUUUUUCCUCUAGACCAGAUCAAUGCCGCACAUGAGAAAAUGGAAGCGAACAAGAACAUGGGCAAGAUAAUGAUACGAGUUGCCAAAGACAACACUGAUGCUGUCAGUGUUGUCGACAACAUCAACAAAGAAGAAACACAGAUCAAAACUGAAUUGUAGCAUUGAUAUUAGCUGGAGGAUAUGAAUUUUCUUAACUACUCUGCCCACCUCUAUACAGUUAGAUUUUACUCAUUUCGAUUAAUAGAAUAAAGGAAAUUAAUAGAAUAAAAAGACAAUUAAAUGAAUAUAAAAAACAAAAAUAGAAUAAUAAUAAUAAACAGACUAGAAGUCUAUUUUUCUUCACUCAGUGGUAUGAGCUUGAUAAUAAACAAUAAUAAUAAACUGUAUAAUACGCCAAACAGCAAAUAUGAUAAGCAAUUAUCUCUCUAUAUAUGUAUGUAUGUGUGUGAGUGUGUGUGUAUGUAUGUAUGUAUGUAU